AUGGCAAGCACGUCCACAGACUUCAAGACCAGCAUCAAUGACUACCUGGAAGGUCUGCCUGCGCCGGUGUUCUCCCGGUUAUAUCAGAAACCCGCAACAUGUCUCGCCAUAUUCCGUCUCCUACCAAGCCUUGCAAAGCAGUUCGUCAUGAGCACACUCUACAAUGAUGCACCAGUAGAAGCCGCAAGUUUUGAUGCUUGGGUGGAACCAGGAAGCAAGGGACGGCAGAACAGUGCGAUGGACAAGCUGAAAAGGAUGCAGAUAUACAAGGAGUAUAAAGGAGAAGUAACAAUGAACCCAGCAUUUCGAACAAACUUCCGCAUUGCAUUGACUGGAGGAGGUGACCACAAGUCGUUUGGAGUACCAUGCAGCACAGCUGACAAGAAUGCGGUGACGGUUGGCUUUCUUGAUAGCCAUGCGACAGAGCAGUGGGAGAUGAUUUUGCACUUCAUGGUCAACACUCUUAUGGAUAGAAUGCCUGGAGAUGGUGUGGUACGCCUACUGCAGAAAAGUGGGCUGAUGGAAGGGAAUCCACAGAGGAGAGAGACGAUGAGUAUCACAAAUGCGGGUUUCCAGUUCCUGUUACAGGACGUGAAUGCGCAGAUAUGGGCGCUGUUACUGCAGUAUUUGACUGUUGCAGAGGAGUUGGAGAUGGAUCCGGUUGAGGUGCUGCAUUUCCUCUUUAUGCUUGGAUCACUGGAGCUUGGUCAAGACUAUUCAACGGAUUUUCUGACUCCGACACAAAGAAUCAUGCUGGAGGAUCUCCGAGAUUAUGGUGUUGUCUACCAACGAAAGAGCACAUCUCGGAGAUUCUAUCCGACUCGGUUAGCAACAACUCUGACAGCACAUGCCGGUCAAUGGAAACGUCCCGCCGCAGGCCUCCAAGGGGCGCUAUCAGCAAAACUGGAUCCAGGUUCCCAGAGCGGAUUCAUUGUACUGGAGACAAACUACAAGGUAUACGCGUAUACAAACUCGCCGCUCCAGAUCGCUGUCCUUCGCCUUUUUGCAAGCCUGAAAGCACGCUUUCCUAACAUGGUCACGGGUAUUAUCACACGAGAAUCUGUCCUUGAGGCUUUAAAGAAUGGGAUUAAUGCGGACCAAAUCAUUCAGUAUCUAACUACACACGCGCAUUCUCAGAUGAGAAGACAACAACCUCUAAUACCACCUACUGUUGUUGACCAGAUUCGAUUAUGGGAGCUGGACAAGAACCGUAUACGAGCAAAUGAAGGGUGGUUGUGGCAUGACUUUGCUUCAACAAAUGAUUAUGAGUUCGUGCUUAAGUACGCGAAGGAUCUGGGUGUUGUGCUAUGGGAAAAUGCCACAAAACGUUCAUUCUAUGUGUCAGAUGCUGGAAACGCAAGUAUAAAGGCGUUCAUCUCGCGAAAUCGGAAAAAGGAUUGA